AUAAAAGUAUGGUCACCAAGAACGUUUGUACUUAAGCUUAGACAUAAUAAUGAUCAAGCGUGUAAAUAACACUGCACACCAUGUGUUUUAAUAAAAAUGGCAACAAACACACUAACGUACGACGGUUGCAAUUAUCUUAGACAAAGGCUGAUCUUAGCAACUCUAAGUGGCAAAACAGUCAAAGUGAGAAAGAUACGAUCAAAAGAAGAUGACCCAGGACUGAAAGAUUUUGAAGCAAGUUUCAUCAGACUGUUGGACAAAUUAACCAACGGUUCUAAGAUUGUUAUAAGUGAGACAGGAACGAGUCUACUGUACCAGCCAGGACUUCUGAUUGGUGGUAAACUUGAACAUGAAUGCAACACACAGCGCAGCAUAGGAUACUACUUGGAAGCUCUUGUAUGUCUGGCUCCAUUCACCAAGAAACCAAUCAAGGUUGUGCUUAGAGGGGUCACAAAUGACCAAAUUGACCCUUCGGUGGAUUUGAUCAAGUUAUCAACAAUACCAGUAUUGAAAAGAUUUCUGGGAACAGAUGAAGGAUUGGAACUUAAGAUUACCAGGCGCGGAGCAGCACCAGAUGGUGGAGGAGAGGUUAUCUUCAGCUGUCCAUGUCGACAGAAGCUCAGGCCACUACAGUUUACAGAUCCCGGCAAAAUCAAACGGAUUAGAGGCGUGGCCUGGGCAGUGCGAGUGUCUCCGGUGACGACCAAUAGGAUUGUAGACUCCACACGCAGCAUUCUUAAUAAAUUCCUGCCUGACAUCUACAUAUACACAGACCAUUUCAAAGGCAGCCAGUCUGGAAAGUCUCCAGGGUUUGGAUUGACUCUUGUAGCAGAGACCCUCCAAGGGUCGUUUCUAUGUGCUGAAGCGGCAUCAAAUCCUAAGGGGUCCAACAAAGGGCCCACCAUACCUGAAGAUCUCGGCAAAGAGACAGCUAAGCUUCUCAUGGAGGAAAUUUACAGGGGAGGGUGUGUGGACUCAACCAAUCAAAGUCUGACUGCUUUAUUUAUGGUGCUGGGACAACAGGAUGUAUCCAAGGUUCAAAUGGGGACACUCUCUCAAUAUACGAUACAGUUUCUGCGUCACAUACGAGACUUUCUACAAGUUAUGUUUAAAGUUGAGAUGGAACCAAAGAAAGAGGAUGAAGAUGAUUUACAAAUUGGUGCAGAAAAACUGACAUUGACCUGUGUUGGAGUUGGAUAUUCGAACGUGAGCAAGGCAAUAAUGUAACUUCUCAAGACAAAAUAUUUAAAACAACAAAGAAUUUUGUUAGAGCAAGAACUACAGACAAGGCACACUCUUAGACUAUAUUGUGCUAUACUGUUAAAAAUCAGCCAAAUGGCUAAAAACAAUCAGUUGGUGGUAGAAAAAAUGUUGAUUUCUUUAAUGUUGAUGUCAAGAUUUUUUCUAUUUGGAGUAUAAUAUGAAUAAUAGUUGUUAAGUUUUUGAAAUAAAUCUUGUAAUUUGUA